CUUCCUUGUUUGCUGGCUUUACGAGAGCGGGAGGUUGCCUCUCGGACGUAACGCCUACACAACAGCUGGUAACAAUCUGUCUACGUGUGUCAAUAUCCUGUGGAAUUGCCUGUAAACUGGGAUGAACUAACUUCAGAGAGAGUGAAGUGUGUUGUGUUAUCAUUGACCAAAGCCGUCAUUAAUGGAUCUGACGAGUUAUCUAGGAUUCACAGGAGUAAAUCUCUCUGGUGCCAUGGCGAGUCCUCAUUGUAAACUGGAAACACUGAGGUUAAAUGACUGUGGUAUCACAUAUGAAGGUUGUGGAGCUCUGGCUUCUGCCCGUGCAUCAAACCUCUCACAUCUGAGAGAACUUGAUCUGUCUGGAAAUAAACUAGAAGGUUUAGGAAUGAUGUUGCUUUCCUCUGGACUCGAAAAUAAUUUGUCUGAACUUGGAACACUUAAGCUGAUUGGUUGUGGAAUAACAGAUGAAGGUUAUGGUCCUCUGGCUUCAGCUCUGGCAUCAAACAGCUCACACCUGAGAGAACUGGAUCUGUCCCAGAAUAGCCUAAAUGAUUUAGACAUGAUGAUGCUCUCUGCUGGACUGAUGAAUCCUUCAUGCAAACUGGAGAAAAUUAAGUUGUUGAGUUGUGGUUUAACAGAGGAAGGUUGUGCUAAACUGGCUUCAGCUCUGGGAUCAAACUCCUCACACCUAAGAGAGUUGGAUCUGUCUGAGAAUAACCUAGGUUACUUCGAUAUGAUGCUGCUUUCUGCUGUAAUGGAAAAUCCUUACUGGAAACUGGAAGUGUUGAAAUUGGUGAGUUGUAGUAUCACAGAUGAAGGUUGUGCUGCUCUGGCUUCAGCUCUGGGAUCAAACCCCUCACACCUGAGAGAGCUAGAUCUGUCAAAGAAUAGCCUAAGUCACUUCGAUAUGAUUCUGCUCUCUGCUGUAAUGGAAAGUUCUUACUGGAAACUGGAAACAUUGAAAUUAAAAGAUUGUGGUAUCACAGAGGAAGGUUUUGCAGCUCUAGCCUCAGCGCUGAGAUCAAACCCCUCUCACCUGAUAGAGCUGGAUCUGUCUGGAAAUAAAGCAGGAGACUUUGGACUACAAAUGCUCUCCACUGCACUGGAGAUCCCUUACUCUAAACUUGAAACACUCAAGUUAGUGAGUUGUGAUAUUACAGAAAAUGGCUGUGUUGCACUGGUAUCAGCUCUGAGGUCCAGCUCCUCACACUUUAGAAACCUGGAUCUGUCUGGGAAUAAACUUGGCCAUCUAGGAAUAAAGCUACUCUCCGAUGCACUCGAGAAUCCUUGCUUUAAACUGGAGACGUUGAAACUCAAGGACUGUGAUCUCACAGAUGAAGAUUGUUUUUCGCUGGCCUCUCCUCUAAUAGUAAACUUCUCAAACUUGAGAGAGCUGGAUCUGUCUGAUAAUAAACUAGGAGAUUCUGGAGUCAAGUUUCUUUUUGCUGGACCAGAGAGUCAUCUAUAUAAACUUGCAACAUUUAAGUUGGUGAAUUGUGGUAUCACAGAUGAAGGUUGUGCUUCUCUGGCUUUAGCUCUGAGAUCAAACCCCUCACACUUGAGAGACCUGGAUCUGUCUGGCAAUGAAGUAGAAGAUUCAGGAGUACAGAUGCUCUCUAGUGGACUGGAUAAUUAUUACUGCCAACUGGAAACACUGAGGCUGGUGAGUUGUGGCAUCACAGAUGAAGGUUGUGCGGCUCUUUCUUCAGCUUUGACAUCAAACCCCACACACCUGAGACAGCUGGAUCUGUCUAAAAAUAAACUGUCAGACUCAGGAAUGAACCUGCUCUCUACUGGACUGGGCAAUCCUCAUUGUAAACUGGAGAUGCUUUGGCUGCAUGAUUGUGGUGUUACAGAUGAAGGUUGUGCUGCUCUGGCUUCAGCUCUCAGAUCAAACCCCUCACACCUGAGAGAACUGGAUCUGUCGGAUAAUGAACUAGGAGAUUUAGGAGUGAAUCGUCUAAGUACUGGACUGGAGAACUGUAAACUGGAGAUACUUAAGUUGAAACAUUGUGGUUUCACAUAUGAAGGAUGUUCUGCUCUGGCUGCUCUUCUUGGAUCAGCUAAGUCAUAUCUGAAAUAUGUGGAUCUGUCUUUUAAUAAACUUGAGGAUCUAGGAGUGCAGCUGCUUUUUGAUGCGUUUUACUAAGCAUUUUUUAAAUGAAGUGGAAAUAUUCAGGUAAGAUCUUGUCAUCCAGACUGAUACUACAAUAAGGCAUGUUGGCUGUUUACUUAUUUUCUAACGUUAUUCAGUUCUGUGGUUAUAUGUGGAUCACAUUAGCAGAUUUGAGUAACUUGAAAUAAAUGCCCUCAAUAAAUGUUUCUUUGGUUUUUA